AUGGCGAAUGAAAGGGAAGAAUCCCUUUUGAAUUCCAAAAAGAAAAGGGCGUUUGCAAGGAUUGCGUCGCACGCCCACGACGAGUUGCAUAGUUUUCGGAUAUGGUUGAAAUGGCUUUGCGUUGAUCAAUCAAAUGCUUGGACAACCUGUCUUUCCUGGUUCGUUUUUCUGGUUUUGGCCAUUUUAGUUCCUGCACUGUCCCAUUUCGUGUUGGCCUGCAGCGACUGCGAUAGCCGCCACAGUCGGCCUUAUGACACGGUGGUGCAGCUAUCCCUCAGCGGCGUCGCUGCCCUGUCAUUCAUAUGCCUCUCGUAUUACGUUAGGAAAUUUGGGAUUCGAAGAUUCUUGUUCCUUGAUAAGCUUUGUGAUGAGAGCGAGGCCGUCAGGGAAGGAUACACAGAACAACUUCAUAGAUCACUGAAGGUCCUAUUCAUCUUCGUCCUACCGUGUUUUGCUGCUGAGGCUGCAUAUAAGAUAUGGUGGUAUGCCUCUGGUGGAACACGCAUUCCAUUUCUGGGAAAUGCCCUUGUGAGUGAUACUGUCGCAUGCUUCCUUGAACUCUGCUCAUGUGCAGAACUUGAUAUAUACAUAACUGGAGAACUUGUGUUGUGCUCCGUAAGUCUUCUUGCCGGGCUUAUGAUACUAUUACGAAGUGCCACCAGAAUUACACACAAGGCACUAGCUGUGACAUGCCUUGCGGCUAAGUGGCACGUAGGUGCAACAAUCGACUCAUUUGACACAGCCGAAACUGAGACUCCAGUAGCAUCUGUUGCUGCCAAUCAAAUAUUUCCUGCGAGUUCUGAUGGCUCAUCAGACAUUGAUGAUGUUGGCGACGAAGAAGAUGAACUCGACAACUCGAAAUUUGUCAUGUCGUAUGCCUACAGCACUCUCUCAUUUCAGAAAAGACAAGCCUUAGUUACAUACUUUGAGAACAAUAGAGCCGGGAUUACAUUAUAUGGCUUCAUUCUCGACAGAACUACGCUUCACACCAUAUUUGGUAUAGAGUUUUCUCUUGUUCUGUGGUUGCUUGGGAAGACAAUUAGUUCUCUUAAUUGA